GAGAAGAUCAUCUCACUCUUGUACUCAUGUAAGACCCUUAAUCACCUUCACCAAAUCCAAUCCCAUAUUAUCAACCACGGCCUUCAGUUUAAUGACUAUAUCACUCCAAAGAUUAUCACCUCAUUUGCUCUCUUUAAGAGAAUGCGACAUGCCCAUAAACUGUUCGACCAAAUUCCUGAACCAAAUGUCUCUAAUUGGAAUGCAAUGCUUAAAGGCUAUUCCCUAAACGAUUCUCAUAGGGAAGUUAUUGUCUUGUUUAGGAAAAUGAUAAGCAUGGAUAUUCUGCCUAAUUGCUUUAGUUUUCCAAUUGUUAUUAAAUCCUCUGUAAAGAUUAAUGCCUUUAAAGAAGGCGAAGAGUUGCAUUGUUUUGUGAUCAAGAGUGGAUGCAGAGCUAACCCUUUUGUGGGUACUAUGUUAAUUGAUUUGUAUUCUAGCGGAAGAAUGAUAGUAUCGGCUUAUAGAGUGUUCGGUGAGAUGAUAGAGAGAAAUGUGGUCGCUUGGACAUCAAUGAUUAAAGGUUUUAUUCUUUGUAAUGAUAUUGAAACGGCACGUCGACUUUUUGAGUUAGCUCCUCAACGUGAUGUUGUUUUAUGGAAUAUAAUGAUUUCAGGUUAUAUUGAUAUUGGGGAUCUGGUAAGAGCACAGGAGCUUUUCCAUAAGAUGCCAAACAAGGAUGUUAUGUCUUGGAAUACUCUUUUGAAUGGUUAUGCUAAUGGUGGUGAUAUUGAGGCUUGUGAAAGACUGUUUGAAGAGAUGCCUGAAAGGAAUGUCUUUUCGUGGAAUGGACUGAUAGGAGGUUAUGCUCAUCAUGGCUGUUUUUUAGAAGUUCUCAGUUCUUUUAAGAGGAUGUUAGUUGAUGGUAUUGUGGUUCCUAAUGAUGCCACACUUGUGACCGUGUUGUCUGCAUGUGCAAGAUUGGGUGCUCUUGAUUUGGGCAAGUGGGUGCAUAUGUAUGCUCAGAGUAAUGGAUAUAAAGGAAAUGUAUAUAUUGGGAAUGCUUUGAUUGACAUGUAUGCAAAAUGUGGAAACGUAGAGAAUGCAAUUGUUGUGUUCAAAAGUCUGGACAAGAAAGACUUGAUUAGCUGGAAUACCUUGAUUGGUGGCUUAGCAGUACAUGGGCGAGCAGCUGAUGCUCUAUAUUUGUUUUCGCGAAUGAAAGAUGCUGGAGAGAAGCCAGAUGGAAUCACCUUCUUAGGCGUUUUGUGUGCUUGCACACACAUGGGUUUAGUUGAUGAUGGCUUUUCAUAUUUCCAAUCAAUGGUUGAUGAUUAUUCAAUUGUGCCCCAAAUAGAGCAUUAUGGUUGCAUGGUUGAUCUGCUUGCACGAGCUGGCCUUUUAGAUCAGGCUGUGGAUUUUGUGGCAAAGAUGCCCAUGGAAGCAGAUGCUGUUAUUUGGGCUGCCUUGCUUGGGGCUUGUAGGGUUUACAAAAAUGUGGAAUUGGCUGAAUUAGCGCUUAAAAAGCUAAUUGAAUUUGAGCCAAAGAACCCUGCAAAUUAUGUCAUGCUUUCAAACAUAUAUGGGGAUCUUGGAAGAUGGAAAGAUGUUGCGCGAUUCAAAGUUGCAAUGAGGGACACUGGAUUAAAAAAAUUACCAGGAUGUAGCUUGAUUGAGGUCAAUGAUGGUGUCUAUGAGUUUUAUUCUCUAGAUGAGAGGCUGCCUGAGAGUAAGUUGAUUUAUGGAACUUUGGCGGGUUUGACAAAAUUGUUGAGAUCAUCUGGGUACGUUCCAAAUUUUAUAGAGCUUGGGCAAAGAAGCUAAAGAUAGAGAGUACAUUGUGAAGGAUGGUAAUACAUGAUGAAGUUCUCCAUUAAACACAUACUCAUCAAACUUGAAUGCAAGUUUGUUUUUUCUCCUUCAUAUUGCAGAAGACCACAGUAUCUUCCUUGUUUACGCACAACAUCGAUCAAUCUGGCACCUUCAGCUGGUGCUUCAUCAGCAUCUUCUGCAAUUCUCAGGUACAUGGUGUAUUCGCAUCAUAUCAUGGGAAAGCCUGAGUGUUCCUGAAUUGAUUGUUUAGAGUGCAUGCUUUUGAAUUUUGGUUACUAGAUGUUUCCCAAAAGAACGUUUGUGCUUCUUGAUGUGAACUGAUGCUCUCUAUUGCUUUCUUCUUUUCUUUUCUUUCUUUUCUUUUUCUUCUUUUGUGUGUGUGUGUGUGUGUAUCUGCCUGUCUAUUUUUGCAUGUGUAUGAGUGAGUGAAUAAUCAACACCCUGUAUAGUCAGAUAAUAUGUUUGUAGUCACUGGUAAUUAUGGUUACAUAUUGUUACUUUCUGUUUGGUUGAGUUGGGGCUUGGAGAUUGUUGAUUCAGAUUUUUUAAUCAAUUUCAUGUAUUGAAACUAAACUCAUUUCAACCAUUGACCUUGUGCUCGUUGUUCUCUUCUCAUAUCAACCAAAUGAUCUAUAUUGGGUUCUCAUAAGUAAUCACAAUGCUGCUUAAUCUUGAAUAAAGCAUACCUCAGCAUUAUCACACUGUCUCCAAGGUAUGUCUACUAACUUAGAUUCCUAAAUUUUUUCAGUUACUCGACCGUUCUCAUUAAUUUCUUGUUGAGGAACAGUGCAGUUAAUAGUGCGUAAGUAUGAAAGAAUUCAUUACAAAUGUCAGAGUUCCCUCCCAUUCUGGGAAGCUUGCAAGUUGUAACUUGCAUUACAGUUAUGCCUGUGUGAUACAUGUCUGUGCUUGAAUUUAUGUGAUCUGACAUAGACGCAGUUGGUUCACUAUUAGCUCUCUAAUGAUGGUUUGCUGUUUCAAUUGAUUCUUAGUUCUUUUAUGAAGUUUUUAUGAAAUAGUUUUAACGGGUUGGGGUUUGUAUUUCCACUGCUUGUAAUUGAUUCUGUUAUUAAGUAAAAUUAAUAGUAGAAGCUUUAUCAAAUUUGCAGGUUAGUUAGAACUUAGAAUAUCUAGUUUUCUGGGUUUAGAGCCUCAGACUAUCUGAAUGCAGUAUCUGAUUCCUUAGAAUACUAAUUAUAUCUACAGCUAUUAUCUUCAGCCUAGUAAUUAAUCCAUUUUCUUGUCCAAGUUUAUCUUCCAUGUUUACACUUAUUUUACUGUUUCUAGGUAGAUGCUUGCUUCUCAGAAGUCAAUUGAAUGUUAUCAUGUUUUAAGUCCUAUCUUCUAGGGAACUGACUAGUGAAUAAACCUUACAUGUAAGAAUAAGAUAACCCCCUAAUUUUGGAUGCUAAAUUGCUAUGAUCUUUUGGUCUGUUAAAGACUGAUAUUAGUUGCACAGGCAGGUUCUGUGGCCUGAAAAUGCUGGAAGCCUGUGCCUCGUAUUGAUAUGAUUAAGAGAAAUGCAGUGAAAACAACAAAUCAGAAAGCCUUGGUCCGAACCCAGAAUACUGCAACCGAAAGGUGAUGCAUCAGCUAAGAUUGCAAGUUAAUUAGCAGCUUAUUAGAUUCAUUCAUUUCCAGGUCAACUAUAAAAGCACAGCCAUGAUGUAGGAAAGAUAUGAAGAAAUGUGGGAAUUCAGCUAAAGCAUCCUACAAAUCCAUGUAUAGUUUAGCCUUGCAACAGAAUACAGGUGCAGUGCUGACAAAAUUGAUGUUGAUUGUUAGUCAUGUUACUUUCAACUGUUGGUUGUGAGAUUAUGCACAGGAAAGUUAUUUGAUGAUUGCUAGGAUGUUGUUUUAUAAUUUAUUCAUGAUUUUUUUCUUUUUGAAUAGUAUUCUUUUUGCCUGUGAUGUAGAAGAGCGGGAAUAUGCAAGUCCUGACUGUUGUAUGAAUCAAUCUCGACCCAAGUUUGCUGGUCUAAAGUUAUAGAUUUUUCGUGCAGAACUGAUAAAUUUUAGAUCAGAGAUUUCAUCA